AUGGCAAACAUCUCAGUCUCUCUUUUCAUUUUCUCCAUCCUUCUAGUUAUUUCCACUGCGACGGCCGCCACGUUCCAGAUCCUGAACCAAUGUGGUUACACCGUUUGGGCAGCAGCCAGCCCCGGAGGUGGCCGGCGUCUAGACUCCGGUCAGUCGUGGACACUAAAUGUCGCCGCUGGCACAAAGAUGGCACGUAUUUGGGGUCGGACCAACUGUAACUUUGACUCUUCGGGCCGUGGCCGAUGUGAAACCGGUGAUUGCACUGGUGGACUUCAAUGCACCGGUUGGGGCCAGCCACCGAACACGCUGGCCGAGUACGCCUUGAACCAAUUCAACAACUUAGACUUCUACGACAUCUCACUUGUCGAUGGAUUUAAUAUCCCUAUGGAGUUUAGCGCAACCGGCUCGAACUGCAAGCGGAUACUAUGCACCGCAGACAUAAACGGACAGUGCCCGAACCAGUUGAGAGCGCCGGGAGGUUGCAACAACCCGUGCACGGUGUUCAAGACGAACCAGUAUUGUUGUACGAACGGACAGGGAUCAUGUGGCCCCACUGAUUUCUCAAGAUUCUUCAAACAGAGGUGUCCCGACGCCUACAGCUAUCCACAGGACGACCCGACCAGCACUUUCACUUGCACUAACACUAACUACAGGGUGGUGUUUUGUCCAAGGGCCUAG